AUGUCUUCAGACGAACCCCAGAUUCGUUACCUGAUGCUUCUGAGCAACUUCCUUGUCAUACACCGCCUUGGAUUGGGUUCCUUUGGCCAGGCCCUCUUGGCCAAAUACAAGAAAAAUUCGUCUUCCAUGCUUGCUCCUGACGACAGCAAGAUUGGGACCAUGAUGGAACCUGUCUGCCACUCGGCGGCCAUGCCUCACCUCAAACCCCACACAAAUGGGUUGGUGGCGAUCAAAAUGAUGAAGACGCCCUUAAAAAAGCAUUCGGAUUACCUCAAAAUUACGGAGGUUCGCUUCAUCCACAGUAUGUCCAGUCACAUUAAUUUGUUGCAGAUUCAUCAUGUUUUUAUCGACAGCUUAAGUGGGAAGCUUUGUAUUGUUAUGGAAGCCAUGAACCAGAAUUUGUACCAACUUGUUCAAAAGCAUGCCAGCAGGUCUAUCAACGAGGAGGUUAUCAAGUCGAUGCUUGCCCAGGUACUCAACGGCGUCCGCCACAUCCAUGCUCAGGGCUUCUUCCACCGCGAUGUCAAGCCGGAGAACAUCUUGGUGACUCCGACGGUUCAAUACUACGGUGGCGUCGAAAAUGUCCCGCCAGAAAGGAAAGAUGACUUCUACAUGGUCAAGUUGUGUGACUACGGCCUCGCUCGCCACUAUAGCAAUACCAAAGACCUCACUCCUUACGUUUCAACACGGUGGUACAGGGCGCCCGAGAUCUUGUUGAGGCUGCGGUGCUACACACAGCCGAUCGAUAUCUGGGCAUUUGCAUGUGUGGCUGUCGAGUUAGUCAACUCUCGGCCCUUGUUCCCCGGUGCUAAUGAGGCAGAGCAAAUGUGGCAUGUUCUUAAGUGCCUCGGUCAUCCUACACGGCCCGACCCGGGCGAAGAAGCUUUCGGUGGCUACUGGGAAGAGGGAGAAGAACUUGCAGAAAACCUUGGUCUCUAUAUGCCGCUGACAAGUGGGCUGAGUAUGGAAAAGAUCUUGCGCCGCCCAGGACUUCACCAAUUGAGCGACAUGCUUCGUCCCUGUUUUUUGUGGAAUCCUGACGCAAGGCCCACGGUCUUCGAUCUCGCCCAGCACGACUACUUCAAAGGCACCAUUUUAGAGGAAGAUCCGCUUCACUUUGUCACCUCGACUAUGACUGAUUGUGCCAGCCCCGAGACCCUUUACUCGGACACAUUGGUCAAUAAGUCUUCCGAUGUGCUCCAGAAUAUUUUGCAACAGAAAGACACGGGUUACGACGUGGUGAGCUUGAGGGCACCUUACUUGGCGGAACAGGAGGUGUACAAUGAGAAUUUGAGUAGCAUCUUUGGGCUGCGGAAUGCGCCUAUUGAUCCACCACGGCUCAACGAAAGUUGGGCUUACGAUGGCACCAGUAGAGAAGAAGAGCCGGUUAUAGAGCUAGCACUGAUGGCGCCAUUUGAGGAUGUCAGUUUUGAAACAGACAGCUCUGUCAACCAUAGAAUCUCGUGUUAA